AUGACCCCUUCGUGGAAGACCACGAUCCACGGGUCCUUUGAAUUGAGUACUUUUUCCGUAAAAUUGUGCCCACUCAACGGGAACAUGUCCAGUAAUAACAGCUAUCUUUGUUUGGCUUCGCUCGCAACACUGAAAAAGUUAGCAUCGUUUUCUACUUUUUCCGGAAUAUCGAGGUUUCUUUCUUUUCUUUUUUCUUUCUUUCGGAUUGUACUGACAAGUUUUCAUAUUCCCUUCCCGUCCCGUUUUCCUUCCUUCCUUCCUUCCUUCCUUCCUUCCUUCUUUCCUUCCUUCCUUCCUCUGGUACCUCUUCGUUGGUUUUUUUAUUUCUUUUGUUAUGAUAACGUGAUUUCACACUCUCUUCUUCUGUUUCCUUCUCUCUCCCACAAUCACCCCCAACUUUCUCCCUCCUCCUUUUUUCAGGAUCACCUCUCUAAAAUUUGGCGAUUUUUUUUUCAAAGUUCUUUUUCUCUUCGUUUUUGUAUAAAAAAAAGUUUUCGUAACUUUCUUUCUUUCUACUUCCGUCGAUUUUUUUCCUUUUUGUGUACGUCACCUUCUACACGUUGCUCUAUCUUCUUUUCUACUCUCUCUUGGAAUUUUACGCCGGAGAGUUCGUCUCCACGGACCCGCCUUUUAUAUCCACGUUACCAGAACUUUUAA